UUUACGUUAUUUUCUAUGCUAAUACUCCACUAUAUAGAAACAGAGCUACCCUUCUUCUUCAAUCCACACCACAAUCACAUAGCUCUUCUUCUCCAGUUUUCUCGCGUUGUUACCAAGCUAAGUAGAUCAGAUUUUCAACAUGGGUUUGAAGGAAGAAUUUGAAGAGCACGCUGAGAAAGCUAAGACAUUGCCCGAGAGUACCUCCAAUGAGAACAAGCUUAUUCUUUACGGGCUUUUCAAACAAGCCACUGUUGGCAAUGUCAACACAAGCCGUCCUGGCAUGUUCAACAUGAGGGACAGAGCAAAGUGGGAUGCAUGGAAGGCUGUUGAAGGAAAAUCCACUGAUGAAGCUAUGAACGACUACAUCACCAAGGUGAAACAGUUGCUGGAAGAAAGUGCUGCUUCAGCAUAAGGCUCUGCCAUCUAUGUUAAAUUUUAAUUGGACUAUGUAAUCAUAUUUCCCAAUUGCUUGUCUGAUUCUUAGUGUUACAGCAGGUGUAUACUUUUCCUGGCUGGGAAAAAAGAUUACUGCUAUAAGUAUGUUUGAACCUUUUCUAUCAAUAAUAAAUCCAAAAAAAAGUUUGAAUUUUGUUUCUUUA